AUGCUUAUCAAACGUUUGUUCGUCAAGGAGCAACAAGAUUUCCGCCCGAUGUCUUCUCCGCGGUUCAGCAGCGGCAGCUGUCCAAGGUGGCAGCAGCGGGAUGCUCCUGCCAGCCGUGCCCCUAACCAGUAUCUAUAUCCAUGGUUUCCCCCAGCAUUCGGUCCUUCCCCUCCUUUCCAAACCAUCAAACACACACUCACCAUUUGCACAAUGAUAUCCAUCCUCACCAUCGCCGCCAGCGCGCUGGCCUUCUCAAGUGUGGCCUACAGCGCCCCCGCUGAACUCGCCCCCUCCAAUGGCACUGCCACGGUCUCAAACUACACUGUAUACUACGAGUGUAACCCAUCCAACCUGAAGUGGGCCGAAAUCAAGAACAUCCAGAUCGGCCGCGAUUAUCUAAACGGGCUCCCGGGCAAGGCUAAAAUCGCCGGAGGCAAGCACUGCGACCGCGUCAGCUGCUCGUAUAACUCGGCCAUUUUCUACUGCAACGACGAUGAUAACGAGAAGGAGGUCGAGUGGGAGAGGCUCGCCGAAUUCACCUCACUGCUUCUUGACAAGUGUGGUGAUAAGAGCGUGGUGAAGGGCAGGGUGUUCGACAGGCCUAACUGGCAUACUGAGGUUCAGGGUGAAGCUUGCUAA